AUGCAUUGGACGAUCGGAAGCUCGCUGACAUCCAAUCUCUGGCAAGGUGGCUUUAAAACUCUGCAGCACAUGAAUAUGCAUUAUGACGUCAUCUACGUGCAUUCCACUGCUCCUCCCCUCCAUCUCCCUCCACCAGCCAUCAUACAUUCCUGUUCACGCUGCUUGCAUGCACGCAAUACCCGAGAAUUGGAGGGAGAGUCGAGGAAUUUAGAUUCACGUAUGAAAUUUACUUUAGUGGUUUUCAAAUGGUUCCUUAAUGGUCCAUUGGAAGUCCAGUUUUAUAUUUUUAUAUCCGAUCCUACUCUGCUACCUCAUAGCAUCUCUGCGGUUUCGGCUAACUUGAUCUCAAAGUAA